AUGCAAUCACAAACGACCGCUCCCAUCGACCCGAGUGCGCUUCGUGUCCUCGUCACCGGGUUUGGCCCAUUUGGUCCGAUCACGGUAAACCCCUCCUGGCUCGCCGUCAAGCCUCUGCACAACACGACCGUCCAUACCCUGGGUGCGUUCCCGAAACCCAUCCACAUCACCAGUCUAGAAGUCGCCACCUCCUACGCGACCGUGCUCUCCCUCGUGCACCCCCCCUCUGCACGCACGUCCAUCUCGGGCGGCUAUGACUUCAUCUUACACGUUGGUGUCGCAAAUCCGGGAAACAUGCGCACCGAAUUGUGCGGAAGGAAACACGGAGGGCAGCCCGCCCUGCUCUUCCUACACAUACCGCCGAUUGGCGAGCCGCUCAGCACCGAGGAAGCGACGGAGGCUUUGCGCAGAAUCGUCUCCUGGGUAUGCGGCCAGGAGGACAAGGCCUGA